AUGUCGUUUGAUACGGAAGUCCUAAUCAUAGGCGCGGGCAUGAGCGGCCUGGGUCUCGCAGUCCAAAUCAUUCGAAACUACGGCAUCCGGAACUUUGAGCUUGUUGAGAAGAGCGAAGAUGUAGGCGGUACUUGGCUGGCGAACACGUAUCCAGGUUGUGGCUGUGAUGUUGCUUCGCACUUCUACUCGUACAGCUUCGCUCUUAACCCUGACUGGAGUCGCAAGUACUCUAUGCGUCCGGAAAUCCAGGCAUACUUUCGUUCCGUCGCUGAACAGUAUCGUGUCGUUGACCACGUCCGCUUCCGUUCUAUUCUCGAGAAGGCGGUGUGGAAUGAUGUGGACAACGUCUGGGAGGCGUCUAUCUUGAAUCUACAAACUAAGGAACGGAUUGUGCGACGAGCCAAGGUACUGAUAUCCGGUGUUGGCUCGCUCUCAGUGCCAAAGACAUGCGACCUACCUGGUGUGGACACAUACAAGGGCAAGCUGUUUCACUCCGCUCAAUGGGAUCAUAGCUUUGACUGGGCAGACAAGGACAUCGUUGUACUUGGCAAUGGCUGCUCGGCAACCCAAUUCGUGCCUAUCAUGGCCAACGAGCCGAAUCCCGUACGCAAGCUUACACAGUUUGGAAGACAAGCCCAGUACCUAGCUGAGCGAGAAAACCCGCAUUAUUCCAACACCUUCAAGGCUGUGAUGCGUUACGUGCCAUUGGCGAUGCGACUCUACCGUGCGAAGUUCUAUUAUGAAAUGGAGCGUGACUGGAGUGGCUUUGAUAUCGAGACUGGGCGCAACAUACGUCAAGACCUGGCGAAAGAGAAUGAGGCGUACGUCAAGAGCAUGGCACCACCGAAAUACUGGAAUGCUAUUAUCCCGAAGACUGAAAUCGGAUGUAAGAGGAAAGUGCUGGACACUGACUACCUGAAGACUCUGUGGAGGGACAAUAUCGAGCUUGUGGCCGACGACCCUGCCGAGAGAAUUACUGAGAGCGGAGUUGUGACAAAGAGCGGCCGUGAAGUGAACGCAGAUGCAAUCGUACUUGCGACCGGCUUUGCAACGCAGCAGAUGUUAUUUCCGAUGGAAAUUGUUGGUCGGGAUGGCAUCAGCUUACACGAACAUUGGGAUAAAACCUCGUUGGGUGUCGCGCAAGCCUACUUCGGCACUGUAGUGCCAAACUUUCCCAACUUCUUCAUCUUGAUGGGACCAAACACAGUCACUGGUCACUUGAGCGUCAUCUACACUGUGGAGUGCCAGAUCAAUUUCACUCUUCGCCUCCUCGAGCCCAUCUUCAAGUCUCUCCCAUCCUACCGAUCUCGGUCUUUCAUCCCAAAGAUGCUUGCGCCGCCCCCAGCCACCGUGGAAGUCAAGUCCGAAGCCGCAAUCGCCGACUCGCAGUGGACGCAGCAAGCUGCCAAGAAACUAGUCUGGGCCUCAGGGUGCGUGAACUGGGCUGUGGAUCCCAAGACGGGCCUCAACAACAUGAUGUACCCAGAUUGGCAAUUCAUGUAUUGGCUUAGAAGCAUCUUCUGGAAAAAGAGCGACUUUGUUUACAAGAAAGAGAAGACUGGGGAAGAGUUCCGGCCUGGUGCUGGCAAGACGAUGCUUUGGCUGGCAACUGUUGGGGCGAUUGCGGGUGGCGCCUUCUUUGGACGAGACUGGAUUCAAGAUGAACUGCCUCGACAACUGAGACAUUUGAACACGAGGGGGCUGGUGCGGCAUUUUCCUGUAAAAAUUGCGCUAGAGCGGUGCCUUAGCGCGUGA